CCACAGGAAACCGGUUCUAUCCGGUUGAGCUUAUUUAUUUAUUUAUUUAUUUAUUUAUUCAUUCAUUCAUUCAUUUAUUUAAAACACAUUAGACAUUCACAGGACCUGACACUCAGAGUGUGAUAUUUAAGUUCUAAGAACACAAAGAACGGACUUGGGUUCUCGUGAAGACGGAUCUUGCCAGGUUUCCUUGGAAGAACGAACUCUGAAGGACAGGAGGGCACAGAACGCGUCUCUGUGAGAAUUGAGAUGAGCUGCGAUCUUCCUGUUGCGCAGUGGAGCGUCCCAGCACAUUUCUAGCAGUGGGACAGGACAAUAACUUCAACACUGCAACAUUCAGAAAAUGACCAACAUAACAUUAUUUACAUUUAUUUUGUCUUAAAAAUUUUAUAGAUUUUUUAAGACACACAAAAAUAAAGUGACUGCAUUGUAUUAUUGCUUUUAUAUUUUAUUGUAGACAGGGGCGGACUGUCCAUCGGGAGCACCGGGACAUUUCCCGGUGGCCUGACGUUCAUUCUGGCCUGCCGCCUGCCGCUGUGAAGUCGAUCAGCCUGACGCGAUAGGCUGGUACGCAACUGCGAAUUAAUUGACGGACCUCUCAAUCUACGAAUCAGGCAAUCGCGGAGUGAAAAUGGAGCGUAAACGCAAAGGAGGAGCAGAGAGGGAACGUAUAAAAAGGAGAAAAGCCCUGGCCACAGAUGCAGCAAGUUGCUGCAAAAUCCCAGCCGUGUUCGCCAGUAAGGUAGCAGAGCAACUAGAUGUGCAGAGUGAGAGAGAGAGGGAUUCAGGGAAAGAUGAUAGAGACAGUGAAAGCCAGAGGUGGCCUGGGGUGGAGUCAAAUUCCCGGCCUGAUUUACUGUCCCAGUCUGCCACUGAUUGUAGAGUUUGUGUAACGGGUAUAUUAUUUUGAAAGGAGAUUAUUUUUGGGAUACUUUUGUUUUGGCGAGUGAUCCGCUUUUUGGCGCGUACCGGAAGUGCAGCACGGAGAGACGAAGAGCGCGGGCUAUGAGUGUGUCGCACACAGGAGUGAGUGCAGUGUCGUGACCGAGAAGCUCGUUCGAUAAAGCUACUUCAACGGAAGAUUAUCGUGGCUUAAGUGGAAUAAAGGACGACAGCACUAAGUGAAAGUGUGGACAGCGACCCGCAUUUCAUAGCGAAAAAAGAGUUUUUCCCAGUUUUGCUCUCGUGGUAUGUGUUGACUGUUAGAAUGACGCAGUAACAUAUCGUGAAGGCCACGGACACUGUGAGUACGCUCAAAGUGCAAAUCCCGCUUGAUUUUUGUCAUCGAGAAACUCGUUACAUGUCUUUUUGCUGCAUUUUGCACUUCCCGUGUUUUGACUGAAAGCAUCGCUAAGAGCUAACAUUUCAACGGGACUGUUCACGUGUGGUUGAGUUUCCCGCACGUGUCUGAGCGCGAGUUCAAGAUCGCUGUGUCGUGCAGUUAAUACAGAGACGUAACUUUGAAGAUUGUGUUGCUACCCUGCCAUCCAAGUGACAUCUCAGUUUGAUUCAUCUUCAGUUUGAUCCUUUUUUUGAGAUAGUUUAUCUGUGGGAUAUUUUUAUAAAGUUGAGUGAAUUUUUGAACUUGCACAUUCCAACUACGUGAUCUUCAGUUUAUUUCAACGCACCCCACGUCAAGACAACGCACUCCAAUUCAUCGUUCUGUUAAGUAGUAUUUUUAUGCUCUGCACAAACGACCCCAGCUGCCCUCUAUAUCCCUCGAGACCGGAAGCUCCCUGAUUUCACUUGUUUGCGUGUCAAAACCAGGAGAGCUGAUUGUUGAAGAAUGGGUGGCAUCAGUGAGGUCUGCAUUUCAGGUCAUGAGGGUGCCCACUGAGGACCGGGUUGAGCUGGUGAAACAGCACCUAAAAGAUGAGGCCAAAGCCACAGUGAAGUUCAUGAUGGAAGGAAAAGAGGAGUCUGUUGACAACAUCUUCACUGUUCUCCUCGACACAUAUGGAGAUAAAGUGCCCAUUGGUAUGAGGCUGAAAGACUUCGACGACCGUGCUCAGAAUGCAGGAGAAACAAUACGCUCCUAUGCAUAUGCCCUUCGUGAAAGACUUAAUCGUGUUCAACGGCGAGAGCCAAAUAGAGUGGCGGAUGCUGAAAAGGUUCUGAAAGAGCAGUUGGUGCUGGGCCUUAAAGAUGACUUCUUGCGUCGAGAGAUGAAACGCAGACUUAAGGCUGAGCCAGAUUUGAGUUUCGUGCAAUUGAUGCAAGCGGCAAUUACCUGGUCAGAAGAGGAGGAAGCGCAGCCUUCUAGCAAUGUCAGGUCCAGUACCCAUGCCAGAGGGGUAGUGAAUGCUGCUGCAGCACAAGAUGCUCCCUCCACUCUGUCUUUAGAGAAACUGCAUGAGGCGAUCCAGAAAAUUGCUGCUUGUCAAGAAGAAUUAUAUCAGGCUGUCCAUGCAAAAGAAAGGAAUAGACCACAGCAGGGCCGUCCAAAGAAACAACCGUUAAAAGACAGUGAAGGCCGUUAUAUUUGUUAUUCGUGUGGUGAACCCGGACACACCAGUCGCUAUUGUCCACAAGGUGGCAAGUUGGGGAGGGGACCAGCACCCCACGUCAAGACAACGCACUCAAAGAAGAUUGUGUUGCUACCCUGCCAUUCAAGUGACAUCUCAGUUUGAUUCAUCUUCAGUUUGAUCCUUUUUUUGAGAUAGUUUAUCUGUGGGAUAUUUUUAUAAAGUUGAGUGACUUUUUGAACUUGCACAUUCCAACUACGUGAUCUUCAGUUUAUUUCAACGCACCCCACGUCAAGACAACGCACUCCAAUUCAUCGUUCUGUUAAGUAGUAUUUUUCUCUUUUUUUUUCCUUUUUUUUUGAUGACUGAACUGAUAAACAGUGAACUGUGGUAAUUCAAGUGGACUACAGAACUUGACGUGAUCUGUGAGUAAACAUUUGAAAGGGACGUUUCAUAUAAGUGCUCAUUCUGAGGUGAGGUUUCUUUGAAUGCUUUGUUUUUGUUUGUUGUUUUCAAAUGUGAUUGUUUGAAGGUGAUCAUUGGAAACGGUGAGAAUUUUUCCAAAGUGGGUUUACAAAUUCACAAAUUGCAAGUGUUUUCUUUUUUUUUUUUUAGUCACAUAAGGGAUUUGUCGUACUGCAAGUGAAAGGUUUUUUUUACGGUGUUGAAGGUGAUUGUGUGAAUUCAGAAAGACAGCACAAAGACUGUAGAUUCUUUUAUUUUCUUUAAUUUAACUGAUUACUCAAACAGAAGAAAUAACUAACCAUAAGAAAAAGGAAUUUAAAAGAAUAAAUUCUGUUUAAUUCCUUUUACACCUAUCCAUAGUGUACCUUUUUGUUGAGCUGUCAGGGAGUAGGGGAGUCUCACUUAUUUUAUUAGAUCUGGGGAGGGAGGAGCAUAUGUGUCAUAUAUAUGACAGACUGUACUCUGACAUGUGCAAUUUCACUUCAGGAAGCCACCGUGUAACAUUACCAUACCUGAAGCCUACCCUUGUCACUCAGUAGUGUCCCAACACAAUAAGGUAAGAAACCACAUACACACGUUAGUGUGUAAAGAGACUAAAAAGCUUGGGGAGCGGGGACCAAGAUCCUUUCGUUGUCUCAAACUUCCAGGGCAGCCGUAAUUCAUUUUCCCCUAUACAACGGGUUAAAAACCCCCCGUUACAUUUGGUUUUCACUCCUUCUCUUUUUCGGUCUCCUCUCCUCUCGUCCCUGAUCUAGUGUGCCCCUGUCUGGCUGCGCACUUCCUGUCACAGAAGGGUUCUCUGUCCUGCAUGAGGUGAUUAAAGUGGAUGGUGUUAUUGAGGGUUUAGAUUCAGUUGCCUCAUGCAUGGCAGAGAAGCACUUCCAUGUGGCAGCGGCGUCUCCUCCUCCCUCUGUAGACGCGU